AUGGAGCAGGAAGAGAGUCUGGAGGAGUUCCUGGGCAGACUACGGACGCAAAUCCUGCGCUGCGGCUACGAGCCGGCGCAGGUGGACCGUGAGUUGAGAGACCGAUGCGUCCUGGGCAGCCGAGGUGAGCUACAGAGGAAGCUGGUCCGGGAGGCGGCGCUAAAGGGUGACGACCUCUCUCUGGAGGACGUCCGGCGGACGGCACGGGCGCACAGGGACGUGAUGGAUCUGACGACGCGGCUGUCAGGGGCGCCGGCGCCGGCCGAGACGGACGGGGAGGCAGUUCACCUGGUGCGACGCCCGCAGCGGACGGAGAGGCGUGACUGCGGCAAACAGCGAACUGGCGUGAAGCUGGUUCAGGACGGCGACCAGGCUGACUGGCAAGUCAGCGCCGUGCAGCCAGCCGCAGCUGAGUGGGCGACGGUCAGGGUGAACGGCCAGGAGUUCACCAUGCUGAUCGACACUGGCUCACCGGUGACUAUAAUCAGCGCGGAGACUCACAUCCCCGGUCUGACGCUGCGGCCGAGUGAGCUGCACCUCACGUCAUUCACCGGCCAGCAAAUCCGUCUGCGAGGCGAGGCCGACGUCAACGUGGAGACGGACGGCCGAGCGACACGGCUGCGACUCGUCGUGUCCGACAUGGGCUCUCACCGACCUCUCAUGGGACGAGAGUGGAUCAAGGCGCUGAGGACGGCGUCGGGUCUGGAGACGCUGAACGUGUGCCCGGUGGCGACUCAGCCGACGCUGAAGGAGGUGAUGGACAAACACCGUGAGGUGUUCAAAGAAGAACUGGGCAGAAUCCCGGUGAAGGUGGCGCUCAGACUGAAGGAAGGCGCCAAACCGGUCUAUCGACGCGCCAGACCGGUGCCGUUUGCGCUACAGCAAGAUAUCGAGCGGGAGCUCGACAAGUGGCUGGAUCAAGGGAUCGCCGAGAAGGUGCCUCCUGGACACUUCUCCGGAUGGGGUACGCCGCUCGUACCCAUCCCCAAGAAGGACGGCGUGCGGCUGUGCGCGGACUAUCGGAUCACGGUGAACCCGCAGCUGCAGCCUCUGAAGUAUCCGAUGCGCACGCCGGAGGAGCUAUUCGCCAGCAUACGAGGGAAAAAGUUCUGCAAGCUGGACUGCAGGAACGCCUAUCUCCAGUGUGAGCUGGACGAAGAGAGCCGAGAGAUGACCACCGUGACCACACACCGUGGUGCGAUGCGGAUGAACCGUCUCCCGUACGGGAUCAGCACCUGUGGAGCGCAGUUCCAGGCGAUCAUGGACCAGGUGCUGGAUGGUCUUCCAGGAGUCGUCUGUUACCUGGACGACGUGCUGAUCGGCGCCGACAGUGACCGUGAGCUGAUGGACAGGCUGGACCGGGUGCUGGAGCGGCUGAAGGACAACGGCGUCCGCCUCAAGAAAGAGAAGUGCCAGUUCGGAGUCCGAGAAGUGGUGUAUCUCGGUUGGCGACUGUCUGAGGCGGGUCUGCGCCCGGUGCAAGAGAAGACGGCGGCCGUCACAGCAGCACCUGACCCUCGGAACGUGCAGGAGCUGCGAUCUCUGAUCGGGUCAGUCAGCUAUUAUCAGCGGCUGCUGCCCAACCUGUCUACCGUGCUAGCGCCGCUCUACGCGCUACUGAAGACGGGCGUCAAAUGGGCAUGGACGGCGGAGUGCGCCGCGGCAGUGCGCCGUGUGAAGGACAUGCUGUCCACGGCGCCGGUCCUGAUGCGGUACGACCCCGUGCUGCCGCUGCGGCUCGUCACGGACGCCAGUGCGACAGGAGUCGGAGCGGCUCUGAUGCAAGUGACGCCCGAGGGGCUCGAGAGGCCGGUACAGUACGCCUCCCGAACGCUCACUCCGACGGAGAGGAAGUACGCCCAAGUGGAGAGGGAAGCCGCAGCCGUCUCGUUCGGAGUGCGGCGGUUCCACCAGUUCCUGUUUGGUCGGCCGUUCACCCUGGUGGUCGACAACAGGACGCUCUCCAGGAUCCUAAACCCGGACCGUGAGCUGCCAUCUCUGGCGGCGGCUCGCAUGCAAAGGUAUGCGCUGCAGCUCGCGGCGUAUCAGUACAAGAUCGAGCUGCGCCGGACGGAGGACAUGAGGCUGGCGGACACGAUGUCCCGUCUGUCGGUGCCGGACGAGGCGGAGAACCGGCUGUCGGCAGAAGAGGAGGCGGCGUACGGCGGAGGCGGCGUAAUGUUCAUCGCCGAGCAGGGGCCGUGUCUGACCGCGCAGCAGAUAGCAGUGGCCACGCGCCGAGACCCGGCGCUCGCCCGCGCUCUGGCGGCGGUGCGAUCGGGCUGGCCGGCGGUGGUGGACCCGGACCUGGCUCCCUUCAAGAAUCGCCGAGAGGAGCUGACGACUGAGGCCGACUGUCUGCUCUGGGGCGGCCGAGUCGUCAUCCCGAGCAACCUGCGCGACACCGUCAAGCGGGAGCUGCAUGAGGGUCACUUCGGCUGCACUCGCAUGAAGCAGCUGGCGAGGCGCUUUGUGUGGUGGCCGGGACUCGAUGCUGAGCUGGAGGCGCUGGCUCGCGGGUGUCAGGCGUGCGUCUCAAAGCGAGCUGAGCCGCCGCAGGCGACACGGCACCCGUGGGAGCCGACGGACGGCCCGUGGCAGCGGGUGCAUGCCGAUUUUGCCGGACCUCUGAAGGGCACCUGGUUCCUGGUGAUGGUGGAUAGUUUCUCCAAGUGGGCUGAAAUGAUCCCAAUGAAGACGACCACGUCCGAGCGGACCGAACACAUCCAGGCUUCGUGA